UGUAUUCAGCAUUCGAGGAACUUCUACCUUUUCAAACAGGUCUAGCAAUUAACAUUAGCAAGAUGCUUAUGUACAUUGAAACUCGACUUAUUGGAGUCAAUGUGGCAGAUGGGACAGUAUGUCGGUUAAGUCAAUAUUGGAGGUGACAGUGGAGAAGUUCUGGUGUAUAUAACAGGAUGUUAAAGGAUGGUGUUUGAGUCAGUGGGUUAAAGGAUGGUGUUGAGUUAGUGGGUCAAAAUAUAGUGUUGAGUCAGUGGGUUAAAAGAUGGUGUUGAGUCAGUGGGUUAAAGGAUGGUGUUGAGUCAGUGGGUUAAAGGAUGGUGUUGAGUUAGUGGGUUAAAUGAUAGUGUUGAGUCAGUGGGUAUGAUGGUACAGAAUAUGUUUAGAUACAGUGUUUGAUAAGUUCAGCUAACGAAUUCGAGUCCCCGGAUGUGCACGUAUUUGUAUUGGAGCAUAAUAGAUUCGCAUUUAGGGAAAUCUAUAUAUAAGACGGUUAUAUCUACAUGUUGAUGUUACCCGACAGAAUAGCGACAACAGGGACACUUUUGGCCGUCCACUAACGAUAUCUUGUGAUUUAACAUAUGUAUUACGAAGAAGUUCAAUGCCUUCCGGAGGUCAAUUCACCGGGAUUUUCGGAACGGUGCAUAAAGUACAUCUGCCAUCAAUAUAUUCAGGUCGGAUAUGCAUGUAAACACAAACACAAGUAUAUGUAGGACAAAGGAUACAUUCUUUAUGGUACUAUUCCAUACACAGGAUUUGUCCUAGAAGAAUUUGUCACUGGCCAAAUGCCACUAAUGUACCUACAAUUUAUUACUGUCGAAUAGUGAUCAUAUUUUAAGUUAAAAUAUAUAAUUACUACUCCUAAAUGUUGGCAUCAAUCCAACCCUUGACGUUUUGUGACUUUAAAAUAUCUUUUGUUAGAUUGCUGUGUUGUAGACUUUAAGAUACCAUUACAUUUAAAUGAACAUGCCGUUAUUCUUAUACAAAAGGCGGAAGUACUAGUCACAUCAACAAGACUGAACAUAAUGAAUCGAUUUCAUAUGGAAGCAUGAAUCGUUCGUGAAGUUAUAUCCAGCUUCUAAUCAUGCAGGGUCCAUCUGAUGAGCAGACGAUCGCGAUAUUGAAAGUUGAAAGGUCUAUGACAGAUUACGAUGAUCCAUAUAUAACAAAAGACUGUGAUCGCUGGAUGUUUAUGUACGCGUUAAAUGGACGAUCAGAGAAAUUUAUUCGGCUGAUUUCUAAUAACUUCUGGUUUGAUGGACAUCUUGUGGAUUCAAUUAGUUACCCAAGAAGUGAUCUACUUGGUGCUAAAGGUCUGUUAGAGCCAAACGUGAGAAUAGGACUUUUUCCUGAACUCUACGAGACAGAGUCUGGCUUAACAAGACUAAUAAGCAAUGUUUUGUGCGAAAGGGGUAAAAGAUGUGCACGGAGCCUGCUGUUGGUCACGUUUGACGAUACUGUGGUCCCGUCGUAUUUAGAGUUUGAAGAUGCUGUCAAUCUCCAGAGAGAUGGGUGGAUGGAUAUAUUACGAAUACGCUUCAGUUUUAAAGCGAAAACGAUGGUGAGAAGUAGCAGUAUUGGAUCACAUCUGGAUGACAAAGAUCUUGAUGAGAUUAAAAUUCAGAGAUAUCGCGAAAUAGCCAAGGAUAGUGCAAAUGAACGCUGUACGACAAAUAUCCGAGGGGAAGUUCGUUUAUACAUAAUACAUGGAGAUACAAAAGCGGAGGUACACGCAUCCAAACAGAUCACAGAUCUUCUUUGUGUUGCGAAAGGAUACGUUAGUAAACAAGUUUGCACGUCUGAUAAGAAUAUUGUUUUCCUGCCACAGACCAUUCGUUCCUUUUCAAAUUCACGUCAAUCAGCUGUAAUCAUGAUUCUGGAUCAAAUCCAUGGGGAAAAGUCCAAAGCGUCUGAUUAUGGAGUGUUGUUUCGGCAGUUUGACAACGUUAUGGUGCUAACAGUCCAAUUAUGUGACCACAAAGGACCAUGGGAGUCUCCGCCUCAUUUUCAAGAUUACAAAACAAAAAGUAUCAAACUGUCCGGGAAGUAUAAAGACUGGUACAAGGUGGUACUGGACGCGGUCGGGGAUGCUAUACAGAAGACUAAUCAGCCAUUGGAGGCGUGUUCACUUUUGAAACCGGUUGAUGAUUCGGCUAUUACUAUUGGUGCUCGAGACCAACAGCGGUCAACUGUCUACAGCAGGACAGACCUUCACAAUAUGGGUGAUUUGCCGACGAUAGUGGCUCCAGACGAUCAAGACCCUGGCGGUCCAGUCAUCUACCAUUCGGAUGGCAGCCAGUCAAGUCAUCUAUCCGGCCACUGGCAGGAUGGGCACGAAUCUGGUAAUGGCCAGGAACGUGACACACACUACUUAACACCGGACUCGAGUGAUUACCAAAGAAGUCGGGGUUCUCUCUCAAGCAAUUUCACCUACGCGUCAUUCAAGUCGAGUUCUCGGAAGGCAAGCAUCGAGACCGCUGGACCAACAGAAGGAGAAACCAUAACUGAUAGGGAGACAGAUGCCCGCUACAAGAGUAUGUUUGAUUUGUUUGAUGCCGACCAUGACGGGAGUAUUACUCUAGAAGAGGUCUGUAGCGUGGUAGGAAACCUCGGGCUCGACUGGGGAAAAGACAGCAUAAAGACAGAAAUGAUGAAGGUCGACAAAGAUGAAAACGGCAAGAUUGAAUUCGGCGAAUUCCUGGCCAUGAUGAAGUCCUACAGGAUAGAUUUGGCAAGAGAGAUUAAACAAAUGUUCGAUAUUAUCGAUGGAGAUCGGGACGGCUCAAUAACGGCAAAGGAGAUUUGGACUACAUGGAACAAGAUUGAUAUUCCCUGUAACCUUAGUGAUGUCAAAAGUAUGAUUGCUGCAGGGGACGCAGAUCACAAUGGUGUUAUCGACUUUGAAGAAUUCAAGACCAUUUACAGGACGCUUGUCGAGCCCCCCAGAUUUCGUCGGAGGACAUCUACGUCGUCGACAGACAGACGCGUAUGAACACGUGUAUAAGGUGGAGACUACCACAUUUACUACUGUUAAUCGCAGUAUAAUAAUAUGAUAUAUCGAUUAAAAAUCCAGCAACAACAAUAUUCCGCAAAAUUCCUGCAGCGACCGAUCACAUAACGAAUAGGUUGUGGUGCUGGUCGUUUCCAUGAUCACUGUGUCUUUUGUAAAUAUCUUUUGUUCUUCACCUAAGUUUAGCGUGAAUUGUAAAGUUGUUAUUUUUCACGGGGCUUUUAUUUAGCGGUUCUGGUCAUUUAAUUUCGCUCAACAACGCCUUGUUAAAUUUCUGCAGUAAACACUUUUAUACAUUUACUUGUAUAUAUAAAAAUUCGCGGAGUAUUUGUUUUGUGCUAAGACCGCGAACUAGCGAAAUCAAGACCCCACGGAAUAUUUCCAACUAUGCGUGUUUGGCUCAUAUAGCUACAUAUGUAGCACUAUGAUACACCAAUCAAUCUUGAAGCCUACGGAAAUCAUUGUAUUUUUUUUGUUUUCUGGAAGAAAAUGCAUUGGGUGUUACCUUAGUGAUUGAGCAUGUAUGCAAUCAAGUAGCAUUAUAUUGACCCGACUGCUAAUCGUAUGGAGAUUUCGUGACAAUUUUUUUUUUUUUUUUUUAAUGUUCAAGAAAUUUUAUUACCCAAGAACAUUUAACAAUUUGGACUGCUGCCAGGGUCGAGGCCCUGGAUUCAGUAUCCUGACAAAUAUAUCCUCAUGCAAGAGGGCUCUCAUUCAUCACCUUACAUUCAUUUACACAUUUCAUUCCUUUAUUUUCAUUCAAUGUAUUACACACAUUCAUACACACAUUUCGUGACUAUAAACGAAAAUACAGGAGGUAAACACUGAAUUGUACGUAAAGAUUAUAAAAAACAAGACUGCAACAUUACUGUAAUGUAAACUUCAUUACCCUCCUUAAGGGCCUGUUUUGUCUGGUAAGCAUUGCGUUUACAUAUAAAGAUCAUAUAAUGGUCUUUGUUUGUAAAUGGUGUUCACUUAUGAAGGACCUAACGGACCAAGAGAUCUGGACGUCAACCAGGGAUAACCUAGUACCAUUUUUUUUUUUUGUCUUUGUUACGUCAUAGAUUGGGGACAUGACCCUUAGCCUUCCUCACUUAACAGGAUACACACAGGUUAACAUUACUGGUCCAUUUCAAUUUAAUGGCCCUGGUGCAAUACAAUACCAAUAUACCUGAGGUACAUGUAUAAUAUUGAAUUAACUGGCUAUUCAGUUGACACCAAGAAGUAUGUUCGACAGUGUCUGGCCUGCCUGUUGUGGCUAAAUGUAUCUUUGCGGUAGGGUCUAUAGACUCAGAAUUUUCGUCAAAUGUUAAAUGCUUGCCUCGGAAUUUGUGGCAGAUGUCAAAAUGAUAGUCUCAAAACUUCCACCAAACAGUAAUAUUUUGGGACUUCCACCAAACAGUAAUAUUGUGCUUCAAUUGUUUCAUUUUUGUUUCAUUUCUUUUUCUGUCACGAUUACUAAUGUUAUGUAUAUGGUGUUACUGGUCUGUGAGAUAUCUUAUAGUAUUACGGUCUAAGGGGAAAUAACUCCAUUCCGGAUAUUGUUGUUUAUUUCUAAUUUUGUUUUAUUAGUUUGUACUUGAUUCCGGAUGUGUUGGUCCGAGAUAUGUUUUAUAAUUAGCAUUCGGAACACCUCGGCCGAUUCUCUACGGUCAUCUAACCUCGGAUGUGUCACGGUCGUCGCCAUAUUGGAACUACUUUCAAGUUACCGGAUACGGGGGGUUAAACAUGGCUGCGUCCAUGGAUACAACACCCGUGAAAAUUGUUUUGCCCAAUACAACGUGUAUGCUUUGCCUACAAGAAAACCGAAGGGCUCACUGUUUGGUAAAAGCCAAGGCUACAAAAGAAAACUAUCUCCAUCUAUUACAAACAUUUACUGGAGUUACCAUAGAGAAGGA